AAAACUGGGAGCGUUAAAUAUGGAGAGUUCCGUAUGGAGUUGAAAGUCAACCAAGUCUCGCAUCACAAUUCACAGCAAACACUCACAGUCUCAGAUCUCUCUUUCCUUUCACCAAUUCGAAUCCCUUCACAAUGCGAAUCCUCCUCGUGCUCUCCCUCGCCACCCUCCUCCUCUUCUCCUCCGUCUCUCCCACCCUCUCCGCCGACACCGCCGACGACGAGGACCUCAGCUUCCUCGAAGACGAGCCCUCCGCGCCGCCGCACGCCCAAUUCCACGAUGACGCUGAUUUCGGCGACUUCGAGGACUUCGAGGACUCGGAUGCGCACAAGGAGCCCGAGGUGGACGAGAAGGACGUCGUCGUUUUGAAGGCCAGCAAUUUCACCGACGUCGUCAAGAGCAACCGCUUCGUCAUGGUCGAAUUCUACGCUCCCUGGUGCGGCCACUGCCAGGCCCUCGCGCCGGAAUACGCCGCCGCCGCAACGGAGCUCAAGGGCGAGAAUGUCGUUCUGGCGAAGGUGGAUGCCACGGAGGAGACUGAAUUGGGGCAGCAGUACGAUGUUCAGGGUUUCCCCACUGUCUACUUCUUCAUCGAUGGAAUUCACAAGCCUUAUAAUGGCCAAAGGACCAAAGAUGCUAUAGUGUCUUGGAUUAAGAAGAAGACGGGACCUGGUCUAUACAACAUAACUACAUUGGAAGACGCUCAAAGCAUUUUGACCAACGAAACUAAAGUUGUUUUGGGCUUCCUCAAUUCUUUAGUUGGUUCUGAGAGUGAGGAGCUUGCUGCCGCAUCAAGACUUGAGGAUGAUGUCAGUUUUUAUCAAACUGUGAAUCCUGAUGUGGCAAAGCUUUUCCAUAUUGAUCCAGAAGUCAAACGCCCAGCUUUAAUCCUUAUCAAGAAAGAGGAGGAAAAACUUAACCACUUUGAUGGUAAAUUUGAGAAGUCGGCAAUAGCGGACUUUGUCUUCUCCAACAAGUUACCUUUGGUAACAAUUUUUACUCAAGAAAGUGCCCCAUCAGUCUUCGAAAAUCCAAUCAAGAAACAGGUGUUGCUGUUUGCAACUUCAAAUGAUUCAGAGAAGUUAAUCUCAGUAUUUCAAGAAGCAGCAAAAUCUUUUAAGGGAAAGUUGAUCUUUGUAUAUGUCGAAAUGGAUAAUGAUGAUGUUGGAAAGCCUGUUUCAGAAUACUUCGGUAUCAGUGGGAAUGCUCCUAAAGUACUUGCUUACACCGGAAAUGAUGAUGGAAGAAAAUUUGUGCUUGAUGGAGAGGUGACUGUUGACAAAAUUAAGGCAUUUGGGGAAGAUUUCCUCGGAGAUAAGCUAAAACCCUUUUACAAGUCAGAUCCAGUUCCUGAAAGUAAUGAUGGUGAUGUGAAAAUAGUAGUUGGGAAUAAUUUUGAUGAAAUUGUCUUGGAUGAGUCAAAGGAUGUUCUCCUUGAGAUUUAUGCUCCCUGGUGUGGCCAUUGCCAAUCACUGGAGCCAAUAUACAACAAGCUUGGAAAACAUCUUCGUGAUAUUGAUUCUCUUGUAAUAGCCAAGAUCGAUGGAACAACAAAUGAGCAUCCCAGGGCGAAGCCUGAUGGAUUCCCUACUCUUCUCUUCUUCCCAGCAGGAAACAAGAGUUUUGACCCCAUUACUGUUGAAACAGAUCGUACAGUGGUAGCAUUCUACAAGUUCCUCAAGAAACAUGCAUCAAUCCCGUUCAAGCUCCAGAAACCAACCUCAACUUCUGAAUCCGGGAGUUCUGAUGCCAAAGAGAGCCAGAGUAGCAGUAGUGAUGUGAAGGAUGAGUUGUAAGGAGUUAAGUGAUACAUUUUUUAUUUAUAAAAUUAUUAUUCGGACAGAUAUGACAUAGUGACUGAGGGAGAAAAUAUCAGCUAUUUCUUCUCACCCCUGGCCAAUAAAGAAAAAUAGGAGAAGAGGUGGGGGAGGGGGGUUAUUGGCGUCGGAAAGAGGGACAAAUGCCAGCAGGGCAACAUAGAAUUAACUACUUCAAUUUUUACAACUGUGGGCAUUUUAGAAUUUUGGUUUCAGACUUCAGUAAAUUCCCCCCUAAAUUUUACUUCGCCCCCCCCCGCACUUAAAAUAAUUAUGAAGAAAGUUACAUGUAUCGUAGAACUACUUGAUGCGCGUUGAUUUUCUUCUGUAUCAUCAAUAUAAUGUUGUUGAAUGAGAA